GAAGGCGUUGCGAGCGCAGCUGCGCCGCGGCGGGCGCCAGCAGGAGCAUGGACCCCCGCGGCGGCGGCGGCUGGAUCUGCCUGGCGGUGCUGUGCUCCGGGGCCGCUCUCGUGCUGGUAGGAGAGGACCAGGGCGGCCGAAGCCUCGAGCAGCCCGACCGCGGCGCGGGGCCGGAGGGGGCCCCCAACUCCACCGCCGGGGAAGGGGGCGAGCCGGCGGCGUGGACGUCGGUCCCCGCGUGGGACGGUGCCACCAGCCCCUCCGCCCUGCCGCCGCGGGCCGCGGGGAACAGGAGCCAAAGCGCCUCGGCCGUUCCCGUGCGGUACUGGUCCCCCGUCAUCUUUGUGGCCGUUGCUCUGCUCGUGCUGUUCCUGACCUACAAGAGGACCAAGGGGGAAGAAAGCAGCAACCAAGUGGCCUUGGCCAGUGACUCCUCAGAUUUGGAAGAAGCAGCCGACGUCCCCGUCCACGACACGGCCCCGAUCGUCCCUCCUGCCGCGGAGGAGCGGAAGGGGCCGGAGAAACCCCCACCCCGGGAUCCGACCGAAACAGUCUUCUGCGAGCCGGACGCCCCCCCGCCGCAGCCGUCCCAGGUAUUUCGACCCUCCUCGGCCGCGUCAGCCCCACGGCGUGGUUUUGGGCAAAAUGCGGGACCAAAGGGCUGUGCCGGGGGUGUCUGCACGCAGCGGUGCCCUGCGGCAUCCCGCUCCCCGUCGCGGGGCAGGGCUGACCUUGCUCCCCUCGCACCCGAGCAGCCCGUUGCCCCCGCGGCCACCAGCAGCCCCCAGCCCUGACCGACGGCUCCCAGCACGGCCGAAGCCCCCGGAGAAAGCGGCAGCUCUGAAACGCCCCGCGGGGCGACGGGGGGCCCGGCGAGGAUGCUCCCGGCCCCACAGCCUCCUCCGCCCUUUGCAACCCCUGGCAGGAUACGACCCAGCGCGUGACACGGCCCUGCACGACGUGACCGCACGUGGCACGGCCGUGCGUGUGCAUUUACUACCGUGCACGCAAGGACGGGGGCUCAGGGCGCGCGUGACAUGCGCCGUCAAGCCAAUAAAGCAGCGUUUCACCCCAGA